AUGGAUUACUACACUAAACUAUUGACGGAGAACUGGGACGAGUUUGAGGAAGAACAGGAUAGCUAUUUAGAAAAAGAAUAUGACGCACAGACACGGGAAGAUAUGGACAGAUAUUUUAAAAGAAAGUCUCUCUUUUCAAUUGAAGAAAAUAGUGGGGUAAAGAAAAUAAGUGUUAAGGUAGAUGAUAAUCAUGAUAUUCAAGAGAAUGAUUAUACACAUAAAGCAAGUAUUGAAGAAAAUUCUGAAGCAAAGAAAGCAAGUGUGGAGGAGGAAAAUCAUAUUGAAGAAAAUGAACAAGUUAACAAAGGAAGUAUUGAGCAAAUUGAUAUUGCACAACUUUCUACAUAUCCUGGGCUAAGAACUCCAAUAAUGGAUUACAAUGUUAAUCUUAGAGAUCAAAUUAGAAGAGUCUACUUACAAAGAGCAAAUAAUGGGGAACAAGGAAAUGGUGAUUCUUUUGUGAAAGAAGGGUUCAGUAAUUUUAAAAAGAAAGAUAGACUUCAAGUUCAUGUUGGAGAUGUCAAUAGUGCACACAAUCAAGCUCGAAGUAACUGUGAAGCCUUAAUAAAUCAAGAGAAAAAUAUUGAGUCAGUUUUCUUUAGGCAGUCAGAACAAAUACGGUGUGAUUAUCGAAUUCAUUUGAAUGCAUCAAUUAAUUGUAUUCAACUUCUUCUACAACAAGGACUAGCCUUUCGUGGUCAUGACGAGUCUGAAGAUUCAAAUAAUCAAGGUAAUUUUCUUGAACUAUUACAAUUUCUAGCCAAUCAUAAUAAGGAGAUUAAGGUUGUUACUUUGAAAAAUGCUCCUGAAAAUCUCAAGUUAACAUCACCUGAUGUUCAGAAAGAUAUUGUACAAGCUACUGUUAUUGAAACAAUUGAUCUUAUCAUAAAAGAUGUUGGUGAUGCAUUCUUUUCAAUUCUAAUUGAUGAAUCUCGGGAUAUCUCAAUAAAGGAACAAAUGUCUAUUGUUUUGUGUUAUGUGAAUACAACGAGACAUGUAGUUGAAUGGUUUAUUGGGAUUGAACAUAUUUCCAUUGUAGCAAAGAAACAUGUGCAAGUUACUUCGCUCUUUAAUUUGGUUUCUAGAGUGGUGAAUAUUGUUGGAGCAUCAUCGAAGCGUUGUGAUCUUUUGCGAGAGAAACAAGAAGCCAUAAUUUUUGAAGCACUCAAUAAUGGUGAGAUUUCAAGUGUCCGGGGUCUUAAUCAACAAAGUACUAUUACUCGUUUUGGUGAUACUCGUUGGGGAUCGCAUUAUGGUCCUUUGAUUAGUUUGAUUUCCAUGUUCUCACCUAUAGUUGAUAUUCUUGAAAUGAUUGUUGAUGAUGGAUUUACUGAAUAA